AUGCCGGCGCCAGAAACUCAAGGCAAGCUACUCUGUCAACACUACCUAAACAGCAAACUGAUUGCUUUUAUUUUGAAGUGUGAUAUUAAUCGCCCAUGCACUCUCUGUAAAAGAGCUGGGGUCGAUUGCUCGGCUGUAUCGCCCGAUAUUUGGAAGCCUGUGAGGCCAAACCAGGUCGUCAGCAAAGUUCGUAAACCCAGCGAAGCUGAGGAUACAGACCCCACCACAUCACAGUCGCCAUGGGCUUCAAGCUCCGCGGCCAUGUCCUUUGUAAAAGAGGCAUUCGAUCAUCAAGACACGGUAGCGCCAGAGGGGCGAGAUGUUUCAGCUCUCUCUGCCACACACUGGACUCGAGAAGGCGCAUCAGGCAGUACCUGGCCCAAACAAAGCCAAACACGUCUAAAGAAGCUCAUUUCGACUGAAGCCAAGCUGAUGAUGCUGCUUCCAGACAUGAGGACUGCUACGCUACUAGUUAAUAAUUAUUUUGACAAGAUCCAUUGGUUUGUACUAGUUUUCCACCAGAGAGAAUUUAGAGAUCAGUUUCAGCAGCUUUACGCCUCUGACUGGCAAAAGAUUGACGAACACAAAUCUCGGCUUGGUUAUGUCAGCGUAUUUCUCGCUGUCUGCGCCGUCAGUAUACAGUAUACCAGUUUUGAUCAAAAGCAGAAGCUGGCAGAUGGUGGGAUUGAGCAACUUGCGCUACAGGACGAAAUUCUUGACGCUUUGAGGUUCAGACUUCUCGACAUCGUAUCACUAGGCUCCUUGGAGUCAAUUCAGACAUGCGUUCUGCUAGGGACCUUCUACCUCUACCAUGGGCAACCAGAACUUGCCUGGCCAAUUUGCGGUUGUGGCCUGCGAAUUGCCCAAGCCCUGAACUUACAUCGGCAAUCAUCGACCGGCAGUUCUACACCCGAUUUGGACAAUCCAAUACAAAGACUUCAAGAAACAAGAAAACGAUGCUGGUGGGCUAUAUACGAAAUAGAGACCUUUUGUUCGAUGCUAUAUGGCUUCCCGCUCAGCAUAUCGGAUAGAGAUUGCGACGUUGAGCCCUUACAUCCAUAUGCUGUAAGAUCGCUAGGUUCUCCAGGAGAUUCCAUCUUUCGCCGUGCAGCCAGCCAACCAACCCUCCUCUCGUACAAAUACUUUAUGGUGCAAUUGUCUAUCAUUGUCAAGGCAGUACUGGCUGAUCUUUAUGGUUUGCAUCGGUCUUCUGAAGAACCCCAGAGACGGGAUGACAAAUAUGACUUGAAACAAUUGGUAGAAACAAUCACAAGAUUAGAUGCAAGACUACAGAAAUGGUCUCAGAGCUUGCCGGUACGGCUUUCAUUCAACGAGGUAAUGAAAGAUCCGACUUCUGCGCUUAAGCUCGCAUUUGAGAACGCGAGAAUACUAGUCUACCGACCCUUGCUUUCGUACGGACGGAUCGCCACUACUCACGCGACAAGCCAAAGUUCUGUAACACAGGAUAGGCAAGCAAUAGAUCCAUUAAAGACAUCGAUUCAGAUAUGCCGAGAUGCAGCAUUCCAGGUUUCGUUGCUUGGUUCGCUUCCCAUCUUUCAGCAGGUCGCAGAUACAUACGCUGUAUCAUUUGCGUCGCAGCAUCUCUUCACAGCGGGAGUAACAUUGUCUAUUCUGACCAGUCUUGAACCAUUGAGCCGAGAGUCCCACGAAUCCAAAAUGGGCUUACGAAGGCUCAUGGAAAUGCAAACCCAAUUGAAGUCCAAGAGUAUUAUUGCUGAACAGGGGUUCGGGAUACUAAAGACACUUUUGUCUCUCAUACUUGAAAAAGAAGCAAAGCAAUUGUUGGAUUUCGAAUCUAGAAGCAUGGACGAUCAGAUAUCACUUAAUCAUCAGCACUUGGUACCACUGCCACGAAGCCCCCAUCAAGCGGAUAUACAGGCUAGCGAUCAACCCACGGUCUCACCCAUGCAAACAUCUAAGGAUAUCUUGACCAAUAUCGCCCUGUCAACAAAUUCUCCCAGCUUCAUAGAUGAUGAGAACAUGCUGCGCUUUGACAUCGGCGAAGACCCAUCGAUGAUACAGGCGCUGUUCAACUAUGAACAAGGUGAGAAACCUACCAGUUACGCCCCAGUCAAAAGUUUUGCUAAUUGCACCUAG